AUGUUCCCUUUGAGCGUCGGGGAGUAUUUUUCAUCCUUUCACGGGCUACCCGCUGAUCAGGAAAUUCUUCCACGCCGUGGCUCCGCUCGAGUGCCGUCAGGUGGAAACAAUGGAGGGAAGUGGAGGCAGGGUUCGGCCGAUACGCCGCAUUGUUUCACUGCCGGAUCGGGCUCCGUGGAAAGGGGCAUUUCCGAGAUUCAAUGUCUAGUCACAACAGCGCUCGCUCGGCCGUCAUUUAAUAUCCCGGAGAUUUACCUGCUCGAGCGCACUGACCGGAAGGAUCUGGAAUCCCAAGUCUUGAGCUUAUUGGACGGCGAGCAUUCGUUGCAGUUGUCUUGUGUGAUGUGCCGACGCUUGGACUCUUCCUCGAAUUGUAGUUCCGUCAUUGUUAACCCACCGACGGGCGUUGAAGCCGGGGCAAAACAUGAUGUUUAUGGUGAGUCUAUCAUUGUAUCCUUCGACGCGAGGCGUGAAGUCGAGCCAGUAAUUUGGAAUUCCGCUCAAAUUGCGACAGGGUGA